UUCCGCCCUCAGAGUUCCCGCCCAUAGUUCAAGCUGGAAACAUGGAGAGGGCUCUUUCUUCUCUGCGGGACGUGGAGAAAGUGGCCAGGACCGACGAGAGGACGUUGGUCCCUGCCGCUUCCCGCAAAGACUUCCGGGUGCGCUGCACCUCGAAGCGGGCGGUGAUGGAAAUGCUAGAACUGUGCGGCAGCUUCGUGCAAAAACUCGGGGACGCGCUGCCAGAGGAGAUUCGCGAGCCCGUGCUGCGAGAUGCGCAGUGGACUUUCGAGUCAGCUGUACAAGAGAAUGUCAGCAUCAAUGGGCAGGCGUGGCAGGAAGCUUCAGACAGUUGCUUUAUGGACUCUGAUAUAAAAGUACUUGAAGACCAGUUUGAUGAAAUCAUAGUUGAUGUAGCCACAAAACGUAAGCAGUAUCCCAGGAAGAUCCUUGAAUGUGUCAUCAAAAUCAUAAAAGCAAAACAAGAAGUUCUGAAGCAGUACCACCCUGUUGUACAUCCAUUAGGCCUAAAAUAUGAUCCUGAUCCAGCCCCUCGUAUGGAAAACUUAAAAUGCAGAGGAGAAGCAAUAGCUGAGGGUAUCAGUGAAGCCAUGAAGUCCUUGCCUGCCUUAAUUGAACAAGGAGAUGGAUUUUCCCAAGUUUUAAAGAUGCAGCCUAUCAUCCAGCUCCAGAGAGUCCACCAAGAAGUCUUUUCUGGUUGUUGUAGGAAACCCGAUGUUAAACCUGAGAGCUUUAUAGCACAAAUAGAAACCACACCAGCAGAGACUUCUACUAGGAAAAGCACUGACUUGGUACUGAGAAGAAAGCGAACUAAAGACUGCCCGCAGAGAAAAUGGUAUCCAUUGCGGCCAAAAAGAAUCAAUCUUGACACCUAAGCUCCUUUGUUCGUCUUGGGAGUGGAAAUCAGGCACUGUCAGCAUUUAGACUACAGCCUAAUGCCUAGCGGGGACUUCCAGAGUGGCUCUUUGCUGGGAUGUGAUGUCAUAUUGUAUGUCUUUCCUCACCUUUCAUCGAGAGCCAAUGGAAAGCAUAUAGUUUCUAAAUAUUGGCACAAAGCCUGUCAGUGGUCAUUAAGAGCGCAGACUUUUACGGUCCUUGUAUCCCGUCAACACUUGGUUGCCUUACAGCUUUUAUGGAGUUCCAAAAGUAAAAUACUCCUUUGGGGCUCCUGCAUAUACAUCUUGCUUAAAAAAAAGAAGAGCUAUGUAAUAGUUAUUUUUUAUUUAAGGGCUGAAAGACAUCUUCAUUUCUACAUAGGAACAGAUGCAGUUGUGUUUUUGUUUUUUGUCUUUUUCUAAUGCAGUUUGAUUUAUCAAGUUAAUAUGCAGAUGACAAGACUGGCUUUGACUUUGUUACUCUUAAGUUCUGCCAAGUUGGAUUUGUGGGAUCAAUUUUAGGAUUUUUUGGUUUUGUUUUGAAAGACGAAGAUAAUGUGUAAGAAUUUCUCUUAGAAAUAAAAAUUGGUAUGUAGCCAAUGUUUCUUACCUACAGUUUGUUUUCCAUAGACCUUUUGACUUUUAAACAUAAUUUGUCUUGGAACUAAUAAUUUAUUUUCAGGAUUCUCACUUCUCUGCAGAUGAUUCGAGUUGAAAAAUAUAUAACAGAUUAAUACAUUAAACAAAUUGCCAUUGUAGAACAAAUAUAGAUGCAGUCAUACUAACUAUUUUAUAUUUAAGGAUGUCUGUAUAUAAAGUAUAUAAUCAUUGGUGGAAGUCUGAGAAAGCUAUAUUGCCUGGACUUCUAACAUUUAACUAUAGUUUCUUAGAGCUCUUAUCGUGCCUCUUACUCACAUUAACACAAUGUAGGGCAGGGCCAUCGAAUUUGCCAACCGUUUCCCGAUUAAUGACUAUAUACCUUCAUUCCUUUGCAGAGCAAUUUACUAAUCAUGAGGUUGGAAAAAUCUGUCCUUCUCUUGUUCAUUAUGUCUUAAUAAUCAUAAAAGUCUAAAUGUGACAGAAAGUCUGUCUCAGUGAAGAAAACUUCAAAAGCUACUCUAUCCCAUUCUGUAUUUGAAUGUUACAACUUGAGAUCUGUAUAUUUGUGUUUUUUAUUAAAAUAAUGUUUUUAUUAAAAUAAUGUACAAAG